AUGGUUCCUAAAUUAUCAUAACUUUUGGAAAAUAACAAAAUUCAUUAUAAAACAUUUUUAUAAUAUUAUAUGGACAAUUAAAUUUGGAGUUAUGCUGAUAAGCAAAGCAAUUCUUAAGAAAAUGAUGAAACCUCUGAAUAAAAAAGAUCUUUGAAAGGAUAUAAAUAAUAUAAUUAAAAUGUUUAGAACUAAUAAGCAUUUUUUAAUUCUUAAGAAGAAGAUCUGCCCUUAAGAGGGUAUAAACAAUAAUAGAAAAAUUAUUAAGUGAGUUAAAAUUCUUAAGAUUAAGAUCUGCCUCUAAGAAGGUAAAACUAAUAAAAUAAACUUUAUUACAAUUAUUAAGCACGUCUUAAUUCUUAAGAAGAAUAAUUGCUUGCGAGAAGGUAAGAACAAUAAUAUUAAGAUUAUUAAGAGUGUUUUAUUUAGAAAGAUGAAGACUUGCCCCUUAAAGGGUAUAAACAUACUUAAGGGCAUCUUAAUCAUUAAUAAGAAGACCUGCCACUAAAAGACUAUAAACAAUAUAAUAAAAAACCUUAGUCAAAUAAAACAUAGUAUAAUUACUAAGAAAAGAUGCCUAUUAAGUAGUCUAAUUCAGAGUAGAUUCGAAAUUAAAACUAAUAAUACUAUUAUUAUUAAGACAACUCUGGUUAAGGAUGUUAUUCUGAUAAAAAUUAAUAUUUCAGAUAAAAUCCUGAAGAGUAAAAUAGGGAACAAUAUAACCAUAGAGAUAAUCAAAGAAGUGAUUAUUAUAAUAGGUAGAAUAAUCAGGCAAAUUAAUAAGUUGAAAAGUAAAACAGUAGAAAAUAAAUGCCUUAAUAAUAUAAUAACAUUUGCUAUUAAUUCCAAACAUAAUUUUUAAGGGCUAAUAAUUAUUAUGAUAUAAAUGAAUUAAGGACAAAUUUUAAAUCAUUAAGAUAAUUAAAUAAAAAUCAUCAACCUUCUUAGAAUUCUCAUUUUGUUUUGAUAAGACCAAAAAAUGGAUUUUAAAAUAUACACAAAGCAAUUAAAUAUGGUAUUUGGUGUUCAACUUCUUCUGUUAAUCAAGAAUUAUCAUCAUUAUAUUAUGAGAAAGAUAAAUGUGUUUAUUUAAUAUUUUAUCCUUUAGGUUAAACAUCUUAACUUAUAGGAAUUGCAUAAAUGGUAAGUGAUUAUGAUCCAAGUUAAACUUAUAAAUACUGGGACAAUGAUGGGAUUUAUAAAGGUUCUUUUGAAUUGAUUUGGCAUUCAAUAAAAAAUGUCAAUCCAUAGUGUAUUCAAUAAAUAUAUUAUAAUGUUGGGAUAGGAGAUAUUAAAUUUUUCAAUAUUGAUUAAUUGAGAGAUGGAACUUAGAUUAGUUAUUAUGAUGCUUUAUAAAUAUUUGAAAUAUUUAAUUAGGCUCCUGUGAAACCUUCUGUUUUUGAUCACUUCGAUGUGUUAGACAUGCAAGAAGUAUAUAAUUUUUAUUAAAGUAAAAGGAUUAAAAGAGAAGCUAUAAAUUGAAAAAUUAGGAAAAAGAAGAAUUUUAAUUAAAAUAAAAAGGAUUAAAGAAAAAAUAUUAAUAUUGA